GUGGGGGUGGCGGUGGUGGUGGGUUUAGGAAAAUCUGGAAAUACCCGGUGGUAAAAUGACGAUGUCCGUCCCGGAGAGGAAAUCAGGGUCGGAGGGGAAGGAGGAGGAGAGCGAGGAUGAGAGCGAGAUCUUGGAGGAGAGCCCGUGCGGCCGCUGGCAGAAACGGAAGGAGCAGGUGAGCCAAGGUAAUGUCCCAGGUGUGGAGAGUGCCUCUCUGGCCAUGGACACGGAGGAGGGCGUGGAGGUGGUGUGGAACGAGGUGCUCUUCUCCGACAAGAAGGUCUUCAAAGCACAGGAGGAGACGAUCAAGGAGAUGUUUGAGAACCUGAUGCAGGUGGAACACCCCAACAUCGUCAAGUUCCACAAGUACUGGCUGGACAUGAAGGAGAGCCAGGCGAGGGUUAUAUUCAUCACAGAAUACAUGUCGUCGGGCAGCCUCAAGCAGUUUCUGAAGAAAACUAAGAAGAACCACAAGACUAUGAACGUGAAGGCCUGGAAGAGAUGGUGCACCCAGAUUCUCUCUGCCCUCAGCUAUCUGCACUCUUGCGAGCCUCCAAUAAUCCACGCCAACCUGACCUGCGACACCAUCUUCAUUCAGCACAACGGCCUCAUCAAGAUCGGCUCAGUGUGGCAUCGGCUGUUUAUUAACGUGUUUCCGGAUGCCAGCGUCCACAGUAAAGCCAGGCAGCAUCGCGAUGAGCAGAGGAAUCUUCAUUUCUUUGCUCCAGAAUAUGGAUCUGGCGAAGAUGAUUACGCCAUAGACAUUUUCUCCUUCGGCAUCUGUGCUCUAGAGAUGGCGGUACUGGAGAUCCAGGCCAACGGAGACACUGCCGUGUCCAAGGAGGCCGUCGUCAAUGCGGGUCAAUCUCUGGAAGACCCUCCCAUGAGAGAGUUCACCCAGUCCUGUUUGCGUCACGAAGCCAAGCUCCGUCCCACGGCUCACGACCUUCUGUUCCACCGAGUCUUGUUCGAGGUCCACUCCCUCAAACUGCUCGCCGCCCACUGCCUCAUCAACAACCAGUAUUUGCUCCCGGAAAAUUGUGUGGAGGAGAAAACCAAGUCCUUUGACCCCAACGCCGUCAUGGCGGAGAUCAAACACGAUGACCGACAAGGAGUUCAGCUCAAGUAUUCCCACGUGUCCCCUUUGGAGCUUGACAAGUUUCUGGAGGAUGUCAAGAAUGGGAUCUACCCCUUGAUGAACUUCGCCUCGUCCCGGCCUCACCCCGUCCCCCGAGCCCUGUCCUUGUCUCACGAGCAGGUUGAGACGGUCAAGACGCCGACUCCUGAACCCCAGGAGACAGAAUCCAGGAAGGUCGUUCAGAUGCACUGUAAUCUGGAGUCAAAUGAAGAAGGGACCAAAACUCAUCUCUCUUUAUUUCUGAAGAUGGAUGACAAACUUCAUAGGCAGCUGAGCUGUGACAUCCUUCCAACUGACACCUCCAAAGACCUCGCCAGUGAACUCGUUCACUACGCCUUCAUCAACGAGGAGGACAGCGAGAAGGUAGCGGGGUUCCUAGACGACGCCAUUUGCCGACAUCGGGUCCGAGCGCUGGCCUCUGGGAGCACGCAGUGAGGAGGGGCCACGACCGCGGCUGGCCCGGACAGAGGGGCCCCGGCGUUGACCACGGGGGUCGAGGAAGGGAGAGGGCAGCGGACAGGAUCACACAGCCGGGAACGGAGGGAGCUGACCAAAAAGGGACAAAUCCAGGAGGAUGCUGGGCCCUGACCGUCAGGAAACCAUCCCAGUGAGAAAGAGGGAACGCCAGGAAUCCAAAGCCCCUCUGGUUGGAGGGCGUGAGGCAUCAUGGCUGUGUUCGGCGGCCCCGCAAAGCAGUGGAAGACAAACUCCCUGCCAAAGAGGGCUCUCACGCCUUCACACAACUUAAUGCGGCGGCCGUGUUUUCGGAAAGGACGUUUUGUUGCCCGUGAGCGCUCCAAUGUCCACUUUUGAUUGGUGAUGAUUUCCUUUUUAAAUAAACUAAUUUACUACAGCCUGUCUCUCCCAUAAAAGCUCAAACCCUCCGUUUGUGACAGUUUAAGGAAUGUAUUAUUCCAUCCAACAUGCACUGUUAAUACUCCUUCAGUUGAAUAAUUUAUUUAUGUUUAACUGUGAACAAAAGAAGCUUGCCACAAGCCCUUUCUUUUUCUUUCUUUGUUUUGCUUUAACACACCGAACUGCACUCUUGGGUCAAAGGCUUCUUCUCCCGGAGCUGAGCACACCAUGCCUCAAUGUCGUGACGAGCAAUGAGACGAUGCCUCUCUUUUAGCCUGCAGUGCUCUUACGGGUUUUCCCCCUGAAAGCCAAAGACUUGCAAAGUGCCUGAAAUGGCAAUGUACUUUGGACAGCGUUCCCGAAUGAAACGGCAUCGUACCCAACACAGAGAUUUGGAAUUUAACAAAUUCAGGCCGACUUUUAGUUUCAACGCCAGACGCGUUGAUUCUUACUCGUGCUCGUCUCCUAUCGUGAGUCCGGACAGUCAGCCCGCGUGAAUGUGAAGAAGAGCUCGUCACCCGGUCACGGCGGCUCCAUUGAGAGCGUCAGCCUUUGUAUACUGGGCAUGUGGAUCAUGUGAUGACGCCCUCUGCUGCAGGCAAUGUUAGUUUUGGAAAGUGCAUGUGCGAAAAUUGGAAUGCAUCACAUGAAGCGUGUGACGUGAAAUCAUAGUCUUACAUAAAUGGGAGGAAAGGUGAUGUGAUCUUAAGACUUGUUAAUUUGUUAAUAAAUAUUACUGCUAUACUUACUUUUGCUAUAUUUCACAAACCAUCUGAGCAUUUUGGGAAUGCCGAACGUGUUUUGUGUCUCGAGGGGUUUUUGAAGGAAAAACCUACGUUUUUUAGGAAUGUAUGGUUUUAGUCUUUUACGUAAUCAUUAACAGCUAACCUCUCGAGGUUUACAUGGGCUGCAGGCGAUGCGACAUAAUCCACGAUAAAAAGAGCUUUUUGAACACAGGAUCAGAUCUACUCUAGUUGUAUUUCACACAGUCAGUGUGAACUUUUAGAGUUGAUUGCACUGCAGUCCACACAGACACACACAUAGAAUACCCUCCCUCAGCUCAGCACGAUUUUUAUUGUUGAGAAUCCAAUCUUGGCACAGUAAAGGUGUAUUGUUCUUUUACCAAACCGGAGAGCAAAAUAACAAAUGGGGAAUUGUCUGAUCACAGCAGUGUACUUCUUUUUUUCUUUUUUCAGACUCCUUUAGCUCUGCUUCAUUUGAUUCCCGGGUCUGUACGGUUGGCUUCAUAUACACUGCUGUACAGCCAUUGCUUACAGUACGUACUCUCUUUCUUAUCAGUGUGUAUCUGAAGACGAGUCAUGAAUUCUCCCCGACAUUCACCGACUAUGGGCUGUGGUGUACAUAUUUGCUUGUGGCUAUUAAAUGGGUUUACUUUUUGACUGAUUUUCAAUACAAAGAAGUGCCACUCUCGCUCUCCUUUGAUCCAGUAAGAUGCAUGACUUAAUAGCCUGCAACCAUUCAAAACUUAACAUUUGCCUUUGUCAGUCACAGUUCAGUUUCAGAGGGGACCCGACCAAGGAAAUGAAUGUUUCGACUGUGCAAACAUGAAAGAAAAACAUCCAUAUCAGUCUCAUCUUAUGUUAAAAUUACUUUUUUUUCUGUGAAACUGUUGAAUUAAAUUUGCCUUUUGGAUGUGUCCUACUUAAACAUUUGUUAAAUAUUAAGGCUACUACAAUUAAAUACAUGACAAUAAACAAUAUGUAACAUGUCUGAAAUUAUUUGUUUAUUAGAAUGGGGUUUAUUGUUGAUCAACCCACCAAUCUGAAUCAUUUCCCAGUAUGUAUUGAGCAUAUGUUGAUGUUCACAUUAAGCUAUUUUCAAAAAAUUAAUUAAAUUACAACCAAUAAAGUAUUAGGAUUGUUAUUUA